ACAGGAAACGAUCGAAGAGCUCCUGAGCCUUGUUUGAGUGCUGUGCUGGUUGGGGCUGGUCAGUGUUGUCACAGGGCAGCAUGAGACUGUCAUCUUGGAGGGGACGUGUAUUUUGGAAAAAAAAGUCCGUUUGACGACUCGCCAGUUCAUAACUGACAUGUGGCGGAGCAGAACCCUCUCACUGAUAUUUGCACUGUUGCUGGGCUCAGAGGUUACAUGGUGCGAUGAUGUGGAAUACAUGACUGCGGAUGACCAGCAAGAGAAUUUGGGCAACAUAUCCACAGUCCUUGGAGCGACGCGUCACCAGAUCCUGGCUGCGCAGUUCGAGUGCUACCUGAAGAUAAUCCGCGAUCCACCACGAGCAGAAGAAGGUAAUUACUGCAACCGCACAUGGGACGGCUGGCUGUGUUGGGGGGAUUCGUCUCCAGGGACGGUCAUACAGAUGUGCCCUGAAUACUUCCACGAUUUUGACCCUGCUGAAAAAGUUACCAAAGUUUGUUACCCUGAUGGACAGUGGUUCCACCACCCAGACAGCAACAGAGUGUGGUCCAACUACACGCAAUGUACGUUCUACACUAAGGACAAACUCAAGUUUGCCAUCAGUCUGUACUACCUGGCCAUGGUGGGACAUGGCCUCUCCAUUGUCUCCCUCAUCAUUUGCCUCGUCAUCUUCUCUUAUUUCAAGAGUCUUAGCUGCCAGAGAAUCUCCCUCCAUAAGAACAUGUUCCUCUCCUUCAUUUUCAACUCGAUUGUAACCAUCAUGUGGCUCUCUCUGACAGUUGCCAACAACCAGGCCAUAAACACAAGCAACCCUAUGAGCUGUAAAGUGUUGGCUGUGCUCACCCAAUACACGUUGACCUCAAACUACUUCUGGAUGCUGUGCGAGGGCAUCUACCUUCACACGCUCAUUAUCGUGGCCGUCUUUGUGGGAGAGCAGAAGCUCUUCUGGUACUAUGUCUUGGGGUGGGGCUUUCCCAUCAUUCCUGCCAUCACCUAUGCUGUUGCUCGUGGGCUCUUCUUUAAUGAUAAGUGUUGGAUCAACUCAAACACUUACCUGCUUUACAUCAUUCAUGGACCCAUCCAAGCAGCGCUGCUGGUAAACUUGUUCUUCCUCCUGAACAUUUUGCGGGUUCUGAUCACCAAGCUUAAGGAGACCCACUGUGCCGAGUCCACAACCUACAUGAAGGCCGUGAGAGCCACGCUUAUCCUUGUCCCUCUGCUCGGAGUCCAGUUCAUUCUUGUUCCCUGGAGGCCAGAAGGGCGCAUCAGCCGGGCCAUAUAUGAUUUCUUUAUAAAUAUCUUCUGUCAUUUCCAGGGACUCCUGGUGGCAAUUAUAUUAUGUUUCUGCAAUAGUGAGGCCCAAACGGCACUGCAGAGGAAAUGGGCCCAGUGGAAAUUGGCGUGGGGUAAGACGGGCUGGGGAGAGACCCCCGUUAGCAACAGCCACUUCAGCUACCACCACAACUCAUCAAUUACAGAGACCAGUCGCACCACCGUCAGCAUGGAACAGCCUGAUACGCAUUGGAAAAGCGGCGAGGACGCUGGCUUCCUGUCCGGGAAGCAGCCAGGGAGAAGUGUGGAGUGCACCAAUGGGGAGGUGGAUGUGCUCAACAAGCCGCACCUCACUGAAAUGUGACAUAGCAGAAGGGGUAUCUAUUUGUUUUUGUUUUUUUUUGUUUAAGAAAAAAAAAGUAUCCUGUAUUAUUUUUGGAACAUGAAGCGCAUUUAAAGUCCUUUGAUUUUUCUCCCGCGUGCCCCAUGUAUGCAAGUCGGUUUUUCAGUUCGUCGUCUGUAAUUCCAAUUCCUUGCUAUUUAUUCCAAGCAUCUAAUUGCAUCUAAAUAGCAGCACCUUUUUCUUCAAACCUUUUUCUUUUUUUACUAUCGGAGCCCGUCCUCAGCUCCACUUGAAUCAACACCCGUGUAAAUUGCACAGCGAACAAAAGCACACAAUAUCCAGCCCAAAUCUAGCAUAAUAGCAAUCAUAAUUUAUCAAAUACAUAAUCCAAAUAAUCGAUUUGACACAGAAUACUUCAGAAAGAUAUUGCGGUUUAUAAUUGGAAUGAAUUAUGAAUGAAAUGUAUAAUUGUAUAAAAAUAGACUCGUUCAUAGUCUAUCAUAGUCUACCUAUUAUUAGAGCACUUGCAAAACAAGCAUACAUUUUGUGAUAACAGCUUCGAUUUACGCACAUGUAUACACUGUUAAAUACACAAUGUAUAUUAUUUUGUCGUACUUAUAUUAAGUUAAUGUACAAUAUGUGGCUGUAGAAUCUUUGAUUUAUUUCUCAUUUCAUGGAUGGAUGGGUGGACUAGUUGGGAAAAAUAAAAACUCCAUAGGUUGCAUAUAUCUGAGGAACUA